AUGCAAAACCACGUGACACUCUAAUUAUCCAUCUUGUUACUGCUGAUUCCAAUUCCCAAAUAUCCAUGAUUAACAUAAUUAAUCCUAACAUUAAAUCUAACAAAAAUAACAGAUGUCAUCAUACUACUAUCUCCAUCCAAACUGAUUAGACUAGAACCUACUAUAAUCCUGUGGGCCCGUCUGCAGACAAUCCUCCUUCCAUAAAUAUCUCUCUCUUCAACGGAUAAGCAUCACAAAAAAAAAAAAAAAAAUCCUUAUUUCUUUUUGCUUUUUAUUCAAGUAAGAAAAUACAUGCACAUACACAAACAUUCCAGAUUCUUCUACCACCUUAUAACUUCCACUUUCUUCAACCCCAAACACCGUCUUCAUACGUUGCAUAUAAAUCCCUUCUUUUCAAUUUUUCUCUCUCCUCAAAUUUCAAUUCAAUUCAAUUAAAUUAAUCGAUCUCUUUGAUCUCUCUCCUCUUCUUCUUUCCUUCAACAAUGGCGUCAGAAUCAGAAUUUUCUUCAACAGAGAUGCAAUCAUUCUUAGAAAGAUUAAUAACUUCAAGAAACAGAGACAUCUCCAUGUUUCUCCCCUUCAUGUUAGGGUUCAGUGGGCCCGACCCGACUGAAACCCGGCCCAGCUCGGAGGAAAACCCGACAACCCCAGAAGAACGCCGUGAAAGAAUCGUGCUGAUAAACCCGAUGACGCAAGGGAUGGUAGUGAUCGAAGGAGCAGGGCUUGAUUCUCUGUUUCGCGGAGUACAGAGUAAAGAAGGACAACCACCAGCUUCAAAAUCAGCGAUCCAGAAGAUGCCAAGUGUCGAGAUCAGAGAAGGCGAGGAGAAAGAGUGUGUGAUAUGCUUGGAAGAGUGUAAGGUUGGUGAUCUUGUUAAGGAGAUGCCAUGCAAGCAUAGGUUUCAUGGCGGGUGUAUCGAUAAAUGGUUGAAUCUUCACGGUUCGUGUCCGGUUUGCCGGUUUAAUUUACCGAUUGAAGAGGAAGAUGGUGGGAAGAAGGGAGAAGAGGAGGAGAGAGAAAGGAGAGGGCAAAGAGAGAUUAGGGUUAGUUUUUUGUUUGGGCGUAGUAGGAGAAGAACAGAGGAAGAGGAAGAGGAAGAGGAGAGAGAGAGUGAGUCUAAUGACUGACAAUAGUAAUUAGAGGUGUCGAUUCAGGUGUUCGGGUUUGAUCGAUCGGUUUAUUUGGAGUCAGGUUAAAGACAGGCAAAUUUUGUUACAUAUUAGUAUGGAAAUUUCAGUAGGGUUGUUUCUUUGUUAAUGCUUGUGAAUAUUGUAGGAGAUUAGAUGAACAGAAAUAAAUUUGUUGGGUUUAAUAUCUUUAAACAAUUUGUUUCAAUUCUUUUA